UGCCCAGCGCCCCGUGUCCCCGGAGGGAGGGGGCGGUGGCGGCCGCUGGGGCUGCAGACGCAGUCCAGGGGUCCGGAAGUCAACACCAUGUCGAGUCUGCACAAGAGCCGGAUUGCAGAUUUCCAGGAUGUCCUGAAGGAGCCCUCCAUUGUGUUGGAAAAGCUUCGAGAACUCAGUUUUAGUGGCAUCCCCUGUGAGGACGGACUGCGGUGCCUCUGCUGGAAGAUCCUCCUGAACUACCUCCCUUUGGAGAGAGCCUCGUGGACAUCCAUCCUGGCCAAGCAGAGGGGGCUCUAUUCGCAGUUCCUGAGAGAGAUGAUUAUCCAGCCUGGCAUCGCCAAGGCCAACAUGGGUGUAUCCAGGGAGGAUGUGACCUUUGAGGACCAUCCUCUGAACCCAAACCCUGACAGCAGGUGGAACACAUAUUUUAAGGACAACGAGGUGCUACUACAGAUUGACAAAGAUGUCCGGAGGCUGUGCCCAGAUAUAUCCUUCUUCCAAAGAGCCACUGAGUACCCCUGCCUCCUCAUCCUGGACCCACAGAAUGAGUUUGAGACCCUUCGUAAGCGGGUGGAGCAGACGACACUGAAGUCUCAGACAGUGGCCCGGAACCGAAGCGGGGUCACAAAUGUGAGCUCUCCGCACAGGAACAGCACACCAUCAGCCCUGAGCGAGUACGAGGUUCUACCCAAUGGCUGUGAAGCCCACUGGGAGGUGGUGGAGCGCAUCCUGUUCAUCUACGCCAAGCUCAACCCUGGCAUUGCUUACGUGCAGGGCAUGAAUGAGAUUGUGGGCCCCCUGUACUACACGUUUGCCACUGACCCUAACAGCGAGUGGAAAGAGCACGCUGAAGCAGAUACUUUUUUCUGCUUCACCAACCUCAUGGCUGAGAUCCGGGACAACUUCAUCAAGAGCCUGGAUGACUCCCAGUGCGGCAUCACCUACAAGAUGGAAAAGGUGUACUCCACCUUGAAGGAUAAGGACGUAGAGCUCUACCUGAAGCUGCAAGAGCAGAACAUCAAGCCUCAGUUCUUUGCCUUUCGAUGGCUGACACUACUGCUGUCCCAGGAGUUCUUGCUGCCUGAUGUCAUCCGGAUCUGGGACUCGCUCUUUGCUGAUGGCAACCGCUUUGAUUUCCUCCUCCUGGUCUGCUGUGCAAUGCUCAUACUGAUCCGGGAGCAGUUGCUGCAGGGGGACUUCACUGUCAACAUGAGGCUUCUGCAGGAUUAUCCCAUCUCAGACGUCUGCCAGAUCCUGCAGAAAGCCAAGGAACUCCAAGACUCGAAGUAACCUGGUAGCUAGGAGGCCAGGAUCGGAAGAGCAGCCACCUGCACUCCGCACCCUUGUUUUUGGGACACAGAGGAGCCUGUGAGAAAGCCAGCCUGAGGGCAAGCUGCAGGCUGGGCCAGCUCCAGGUCUUCCCAACCUGGCUCGCAUGGUCCACGCUGCUCCCUCCAGUGCUCAGCCCUGCCGCUCCCCCUGCACUUCAGCCCUGGGACCCUCCACCAGACUGCUCAGCAGGGCUGGAGCUCCAGAACUGGCUUCCUGGGGCCUAGGAGGCUGACAGGUCCUGCCAUGCCUCUGCCCAGUAGCUCCUCACCCUUUGUGCUUUCACCUUCCCUGGGUCCUGGUCAGGGGAGGUAAUUAGCUAAUGGGCCAGAAACAACUUCUGAGUGUGGUGCUCAAGCUGCCUCGGGAAGCGUCCCCAGAAGAGCUGAGUGACUGCCAGUUCCAGGCUACCAUUGUCAUGGCUGGUAGGGCUGUCUCCGGGUCUCUGCUUGUGUGUGUGUGUAUACAUGUGUGUUCACACAUGCCCUGGCAGUGGGGUGAGGGUGUGUGGGAACCCUCUAAGGCCCUGCUUCCCUCUCUGUGUCUACCUCUGCCCGUCCCUUUCUUCCUUUGCCAGAGGCGUGUGUGACUCCUGCUGUCUUUCCUCUGUCUGUCUUUACCCUUCUCUCUUGGGGCACCUUACCCUGACUCUCUUCCUUCUCUCCUCCCCUCCUCUUCCUCAAGCCAGCAUUCAGAAGAAGGAAUAUAGCUUAGUGAGAGCCCCAAUCCUGUUCCUAUCCCGAGCCUCAGGCCUCCAGGUCCCCUCCCUCGUCAGAGUAGGAAGUCCUAGGACCUGGCACUGCUCUGCCCCAGGAAGCCGGGUGUUGCUACAAUGGCAGGCAGCCUUUGAAGCUUUGAGCCUCUCGCCCAUUUCUACCCAAGAACGGAGAAAGGCGGGAUGGGGAGAGUCUUCAGUUGGAGAUAGACACCCUGGCUGCUGUGUGCCUGUUGUCUCCUCGACUCCAUGUUCCCACCCAGGGUGUGCAGGCCUUGUCAAGGGCAAGGGACCAAAGAAUGCUUGUCUGGGUCCAGGGUGGCUAAACUGGAAGGCCUAGAGCCUCGCAGUGUCACAGGGCUACAUCCGCCCUCUGCGCCCACGGGAGGCGGGGGAGGUGCUGGCCUUCCUGGUCACAUGCUUGAUCUCUCUCUGGUUUGUGGGCUGGGUUCCCGGGCCCUGUUCAGCAAGUAGCCUUUUCUGACCAUGUUUCUUAUAUCUUAUAUGGAGGUAGGUGGUUUGAGUCUUGAAGGCAGGUUGGCAGCAAGGGGUCCUACCUUCUCCUGAGACUGGCCACAGGAGCGAGGGUCCUCCAGCUGCCUCCUGAAGCCUUCCUGAGAGCCCUAGGCCAUUGCUUUAGCUGGGUUGGGUUGAGCCUGAGAGACCCUGCUUGCCCUUUUACUACCUUCUCUCCCAGUGCACAACACCUGGGAGAGUGUUUACUGCUUGUUCAGAUGCGGGCUAGCUGUUUAUUGCAGAUUGGCAAGUGACCUGGGACUGGGUGGGGAGGAGUGGUUGGGAUGCUAAAGGAGUUGGAGGUAUGGACUGUAUUUCCCAAGGUUAAUCCCGACAUCUCUCCGCAUUCCUGGCUGAGAGGGCUGCCGGCUGCACACUAACGGUGUCAGGGAGGCCAGAGCUGGUGCCUUUGCAUCUCACAGACACAGGCCGUGUACACUCCCGCCACCCUGGGCUCCCCCAGACCUGGGACGCGGCAGAUGCUGCCUAGGAUGCUGGCGCAUUCCCCCCACCCACCCCUCACCCCCUUUCCUGGGACCAUGCUACUGGAAUCACUGCAUCUGAUUUGUUUCUGUGGGAGACCUGCAUCCUGUGCCCAGCACUUGGUCCUUGAGAUGAAGGCCAAGGACUUGGAGACUUUGUCUUGGGUAGGGUGGCUCCACUGAUGGGUGCUGCCUGAGGGAAGGGUCUGCCCGCGAUUCUUACCCGGGAGCCAGAGCCUGAGCGCCUGUGGCUCACUUGGGAGCUGCUCCCAGGAGCACAGCAGGCCAGUGCUGUUGAUGAGUUGUCAUUAAUAAACCGUGUGCUCUCUGCCA